AUGCGUGCGUUCAAAACGAAUCCAAAACAAUCCAAUGAUCCAGAAGCAAUCUGUAGGUAAUUUUCGACUCGGUAUUACCCGACCACUGAUAUUUGCCGAUAUUCUCAGUAUAAUCACAAUAUUAUCACAUGUUUUUUCUAAAUGAGUAGUGAACGGGCACUAAUAUUUAACUGGGGUGUUACAUACAUAGUUCAAAUUUGGGGGGGAGGCGGGACAAAAGUACAAAUAUAGUGCAAAAAAACAUUAAAUUAUAAGACCUUGACAAAUAAAAUUACCUUGUUGCCCCCUGGAUCCACCUUUAAUAUUUAAUCGAGGGUGGCUCCAGGUGGGCAUAGGUACCGUGGCCCCACAUAGCUUGUAUUUUUUGUUACAAACAACUUAACAAAACAAAAAGCUGUCCUAGGAUAAUGGAGACGGGUGCGGCCACUGUUGUAGGUGGGAAGUUGGGAAGGUAGGACACAGAAGGGAAUUUAAUGUAUAUCUGUAUGCAACGAUAAACCAUUCCUAACGGGUAAACGAUUCUGAGCGAAGUUCAGUUGAUAGUGAUGUUUUUUCAACAAUAUAUAUAUGUCAUAUUAUGAUAAAAUAAUUAAAUUGGCAUUACGAGUAUAUAUUAUUUUCUAUAAUAAUAUUUGUUUAAUAUUGUACCGGUUUUUCCGGGUUUUUCAUAUUUUCUGGGAAAACUCUUGAAAAAAUCGAAAAAUGACCUCCCUGAAGUACUUUUCUGGUCAGGUUUAGUUUCAGAAAAAGUGCGAAUCAUUGUAAAUCGGAGCAAAAUUUCUGAUAGAAAAGUGGUCCACAGAAAAAAUAAAUCUUCAUAUUUGACGUGAAAACUUCCGAGAAAAACAUCUUUGUAAAACCAAUAUAUUCCUCGCUACACUUAGGAUCAUACAAUAUAUUAUACUAUCGACUAUUACUGACACAUACAAGUGUGUAGUUAGAGGUAUCCACUGUCUAUUCUAUGAAGUUAUGAAGUAUAAACUAUAAAAUAUAAAAUAUGAUUUUUGUUAAACAGUUUUUGAAAAACAUGAUUUAGCCCUCACCCCAACCAAGUCUCUGGAGCCGCCCCUGUCCCUAGCUAAAUCGUCUUUUUGGAUUUUUGGAACAAAAGGGCACGGAUAAUUUCCCCUUAACCUCAGCUAUCACUAUUGAAACGCCGCCGAGCGCCGUACCACCACAAAAUGAUACCCACUAUACUCUAACCCUAACUUAACUCGAAUGUUAAAUAUCUCGUCAACGGUUUGACGGAAUUCAAAAAUGUUGAAAUCAAAAUCUAUUUAAAUUAAUACUCCAUCUAUUUAUAGAAUUUUUAAUAUAGGUUUUCAUUUGAAAAACCAAAGUCGGUAUCACCACAUGUAUCAUGUCCUUAAAUGUUGUGGAAAAUCUAAGUAUACGAAAAAAUCGGUUUUGACUACACUUAAAAAUUCUUAAAAUCAAAAUUUGAAUACGUGAAAAAUUUAACCAAACAAAUGGGGUGAGCACGCCUAGUGAAUCACUCUGUAUGAUGUAUAAUAUAUAAUAAUAUAUAAUUGUUUUACCAUAAUGUGACAUACAUAUUGUUGACAAAGUAUCACUAUCAACUGAACUCCGCUGAGAAUCUUCUUUUCGUUAGCAAUGGUUUAUCUUUACUUAUAGAUAUACAUUAAGUUCCCUUCAGUAUCCUACAUUCCUAACUUCCCACCUACAACAGUGGCUGCACCCGUCCUCAUUUUGCUAGAACAGCUUUUUUUUCUGCAGACAUAAAAAAUUGACAUUUACAACUUUACAAUUUUAAAAAAAUCUUAUUUGAAAAAAAAAAAAAAUAAUAAAAUGAGAAAGGAAUGCCGAAAUAUCCGGAGCGUGCGAGAAAAUUGAGAGAAUUUGCUACUAACGCCCGUCUACUCGUUCGUUUUGGUACCGUUUCCUCGAUCCACCAUUUAAAAAUACGCCGCUAAUUGUGGCGAAAAAAAAUAAAAUUCAAUAUACUAGAAAACGGUCGUAUAAUUUGUACGGAAUCACAAUCGCUGACGGCCACUCUGCGUAUGAUUUAGCCAAUAAAAUACUAUUAGGUGGGUGCCUAAUAUUAUGAUUGGAACACGCGUCAUCGUCGUAAAUCCUAGACGGGAAAUUAUUGUGUUUUAUUACUAUAUGUUUGCGGAAAACGAAAACCGAUCGCGUCCCGUCGUAUAACGAACCGGCCCGACGCCAUCUCGCGAAUGCACGAUGAAAAAAAAAAAAAAAACUCACUCAUACACAGGGUGUCCACACAGUGAUCUAACGAAAUAUGCAAUAACUUGCGUUACGUUUAAUAUUCUCGAGAUUUUUUUCUUUUUUUUUUUUUUUCGGUUUCUCCGGACGGUUCGCCGUCGGUGUAAUAUUAUAGUAUGUGCGACGUCCGAAAUUCCGUUUCCGCCCGUACACGCUAUGCCCGUGUACGUCAGACGAAACGGCCGUUUUGGAAAAAAAACCGAUUCGUGAUGGGGGGGAUCGUGUGCGUGGCGCGAGGCUCCGUAUUGUAACGUAUCGUACACAGUGGUAUCGCGACUGGGCGGGGAGGGGAGGAGGGGAGGGGAAAGGUCGGUCGAACGUGCACACGCCGCGCGCGCGUCCGAUGUCCGCCGGACACCCUGUAUACGAACGCGCGCACCGCACGUGCCGUCGCGUGUCGCGGGCACCGGCAGUAGGUCACAAGACGCGACCGACAGACACGCACGCAGGUACACGCCAACGCAUGUGCACCGCGCACGGACACCGACGCGUCGUCGGAGGAGGCGUUGCGGCCGGUCGCGCGUCGACUCAUCGAUUUCGGAAAUACGUGUGCACGGACGACGACGUCACGACGACCCACAUCGGGGCGGUCCCUUUUUAUUCCCGUGCGCGGCGCGCGAAUGAUGACGUACGCUGCGUGAUCCGGGGUUGUCAGUUUCCGUCAUCGUCAGCCGCGGAAAUCGGACGAAAAUAAAAACGGCCGUAACAUUUAUGGUUUCCGUUGAAAUCUGUACUCGAUCGUUGAUAUACAGAAAGAGAGUGAGUGAGAGAGAGAGAGAGAGAGAGAGAGAGAGAAAACGACAAAAAAACUACUCGGGAGCGGACCGGCUCGCGACGAAAAUCCCGCGGUGACCUGGCCUAAACGUUUAUGUCAGUGGCCUGACUGUAAAGCGGCCAGAGUGCGUAAUAUACGGAAUCAAUUAUUGAACGUCAUUAUAUAGUACCGAAUAUUAAUGUUGAACAGCGUGUCGAUUUUUGAAACGCUAUGUAUAAUUAAUUAAAUUAUUAUUUUUUUAUUGUCUAGGGAGUUUUCAUUAUGAUUGAAAAAAAUCGGAAAAAAAAUAACAGAUUUAAGGCAAACAUUUAGCGGUUAUUUAGCUAUUCGUAGGCAUUUACUUUUUCUAGAAUUUUUAAUAUACAUUUGGUAAGUAUUGUGUCGUUAAAACUUUUGGACCGAACAGAAAUGCUUGAAAAUUGAGUUUAAAUAUUUUGAAAUAGGUUAAUUAUAAAUUGUAUUUGAUGGGAAGAAACAAGUUGAAAAUAAUGGAGUAGUUUCUUUAUACUUAUUAUGAAAUUCCGAUGAAAAUCGUGAAAAAAUGACGGUAUUUCAAAGCACAUAAAAUUGUAUAACUGAAAUUCGCUCAGAAUCGUUUUUCGUUAGCAAUGGUUUAUCAUUAUAUUUUAUAAUUUAUUUAUUUAUAUACAUGGAAAAAUAGUAGCUUUAAACAGCAAUCAGUUCGCGAGUAUGCGCAUUCAGAGGCGCGAGGUUUUGAAAAUGUCACCGGAGGGGGGGAUCACAUACAAUACGUUGUAUCUACUACAAAAAAAAAAAAAAAAAAACUUUGUAAACAUUUUCACACAGCUAUAUACAAAACUCAAUAUCGCCCGACUAUUUUGAAAAUUAUAUCGCGUCUGGAAAGUUUCGUGUAUUUAACCUCCUUACCUUUUGUUACUGUCAGACUCUCCUGGCUAUGGCCAAACAAACUGUGCCACGGCCUGAAUAUUAUCCCGGACCAUCCCUGAUUACACUCGACUCUUCUUUUUACCACCAUAAGUAGAGCCUUAUUGUACGAUAGCCACCACUGUUGUUGAUUUCACGCUUCGUUCAGAAUAUAAAAUUCUAAAUACAAUAUACCGGAAGAAUAAAAAAAAGGUAAAUAAAUACAGAUGCUUAUACAUGAAUACUCGUUCGAUCAAUUGUUAUCGAAAACGGCCUCUGUGCCCUAGGACCUCCACACCGCAAAUGCCCGCAGACAAAAAUUAGUUUUAAGUUAAGUAAUAAGUUUUUGCACUUCUCUAUUACAUUAUUAUUUUCGUGCGCUAUUGUACACAACGUUACUAAAUACAAUUGUCGUAACAGAAUACAUUCGGUACGUUUUCUGAAAUGUGCAGGAUUAGCAGUAUCUCCAUCGCAUAAUCCGAAUUCUACGUCCUACAGCCGGGUGUCACCAGCCUACGGCCUACAAGCCUCACAUCCGUAAGUAUCAUUGAACAAUUAGACGUUAUAAGUAUCGAAUUAAAUAAUAUGAUUAUUCGGGUAUAUUACAUGUAAUACGUAUUUAAAACAAUUUCUUGUAGGUAUUAUCCAAAAAAUAAUUUAAUUAAUAUCUGUUAGUGUACAUUUCUUUAUCCAAUGAAAAUAUUUAACGUGUAAAUAAUAAUUCCUUCUAAUAAAAGGAAUAUUUUUUAUACUCUUAGAAGAAAAAAAGAAAAAUGUGAUUUUUGUUUAUUAUACGGUAUUAAUCUUUUUUUUGUUGAAAUGUUGUGAUUUUUCUUAUUUAGUCUUAACCAGUUUUACUUUAACAUUCUUGAAAAUAUAAUAUUUAAACAUUAUUAAAUAUUAUUUAGCACGUGCUCGUCCAGCGGAAUAUGUCUGGAAACGCUCGUAAAUGAUACGGAUCCGCCGAGUGUAAACCUGAAUGCGUCAUCAUUUCAACAAUAUUCUGUUCCUAAGUUUGGACAGUUUGACUUAUUGGCCAUUCAACCUAGCAACCGUGUCACACAGCCCGGCCUCUCCAUUGUGAGUAUCUUUAAUAGUAUCCUAACAAAUAAAAUGUUCGAUAUCAAAAAAAAAAAAAAAAAAUCUCAUUAUAGACAAAUCGUGACUUCAUCAAAUGUUUUAAGUAUUUACACUUUAAAUAGAAUUAAUAACAGUAUUAUUCGCAGUCGGUCAAAUAUUUUAUAUUAUAACUAUCGAAUUAAAUAAUACGAUUAUUUUACAUAUUACAAGUUAUAUAUAUUUAAUACAAUUUCAUGUAGGUAUUAUCGGUAAAAUAAAUGAAUAAAUAUAAAAAAUAUUAAACACGUAAAUAAUAAUUCCUUCUAAUAAAAGGAAUAUUGUUUAUACCCCUAGUAGAAAAAAAGAAAAAUCUGAUUUUUUUUUAUUUUAAGGCAAUAAUCUUUUUUUUUUUUUUUUGAAACUUUGUGAUCUUUCUUAUUCGGUCUUAACCAGUUUUACUUUAUCAUUAUUGAAAAUAUAAUUUUUAAACAUCAUUAAAUAGUAUUUAGCUUGCGCCCGACCAGCGAAUUAAGUCUGGACACGGUCGUCUAUACUACGGACCCUUCGAUUAUGGGUCUUAAUGCGUUAUCAUUGAAAAAUAUUUUUUGGCCAAGUUUGUCGGACAAAAAUAUUGGCUUAUCGGGUUAUUUAGAGUUUUGGACCGUAGGUAAUAAAAACUCGGUCGAAAAUACAAAAAACCAAAUGAAAACACCACUUGUAUAACUUAUAAUACACUGUUUAAAUAUAAUUUUUAGUUAUCAAAGAGUUUUUAAGGAGUAUAUGUAUUUGUUUGUUUUUUUUUUCUAACUAAUCUAACAGCUUAUUAAAACCGAUGAAAGAAGUAUUGCUUUUGUUUGAUAUGCUUAACUAAGUAAAGGAUCUGUCUAGAUUACAGUACAAACAUAUAGGUUUUUUUUCUCCUAAUAACUAAACUAAACGUUUUCCACGGAUAUUUUUUUAUUCAGCAGGUACCAGGUACCAGAAUAUUAAUCGUAAAAUAAGAAUAAUGAUAUGUUAUUUUGUUUGUGUUGGAUUGACAAUAAUUUAAUCUUUGACUAUACUAGAAUUUACAGUGAAAAUUCCCGUUAUUCGGGAAUUUUUUAUGAAUUCCGGAAAUAUUCCCUAGGUUUUAAAUACCGGGAAAUCGCCAAACACUAUUCACGCCCUCGCGUCCGUAAAAUCCCCAUACGCCGGCGUCGUCGGUCCGAUUGGUUUAUCGUAUAAUUUGAAUACCGGUAAAUAAAUCAAUGAUCAAAUUGUUGUUUUUUUUUUUUUUUUUUUUUUUAUCACAAUUUAUUAUUAUUGUCGCCGGCGACAAACGACGACGAGACCGCGUCGUAAUACUAUUAUUAUUUCAUUAUAAUAAUAUCCGUAGGCCAACAUAACGGAUUUUUCGUGUGUGCACGCGCGCCACGUCAGUCGUCCGGCCAAAAUCGUCCGGUCGGUUAUUUUUUUUAAUCGCCGCUCGGCAACAAUAUAAUUAUCAUUGUCGCCGUGGUAGUUGCCGUUGCUGUUGUCCGAACGGUAUUUCGUUUGUUUUUUGUUUUGUUUUUUUUUUUUUCCCAGCCACGUAAUAGUGUACCGUCUAUAUUAUGUACCUAAUAAUACGCGUCCUAUACCAUUAUUAAUAUUAUUACCGAACCGGGCUCGGGGGAACCGUACAUCGCCAUACCCCCCCCUCUCCCAUCCUCUUUCCCCUCGAGUCUCGCCGGAAAACCGAACGCUAUAAUUCGCGUCUAUUAUACUGACCGGCGCACGAAUCGGGAAAUUAUUGUUCGGUCGGAAACCGCGUAUUUCCGGGAGAACGUUCCUCCGGAUUUUACAUUUUAACCGAGUCCCGGUUUCCCGACGUGAUCGCCGAGUGUCGGACUGUAACGGACUGUAGAACGGUAAUCGUGUAUUAUAGACACCGCACCAUUAUUAUAAUGACGACGCACCGCAUUGGCGCACAUUCAGCAUAAAACUCGGGAGUGCCAAAAUUAUUUUACGAUACGAUAAUCAAGGAUACGAUAGGGAAUGGGUUGUCCCCCCACAUACCCCAACAUAUUCGACAUUUCCCAAUAAAAUUUUUUACAACUUGCACAUUAAAUAAACACAACUGAAAUAAUGAAAUCCGAUUUUCAAUAAUGAAUCUUUCAUUGCCUAAUAAAUGACCAACAAGGGACAUUAGGUGCCUCCUUAAAAAUAUGAAAACAAUUAACAUAAACUUACAUAAUAAUAUAAUAUAAUUACUAUAAAUAUUAUAUAAUAUAAUACAAAUCAAUACACGAUAGUACAAUAGAUACUUAUCUCAUAUUAUAUCAUAUUGUAUCAUAGUAUUAUAUUUAUUUUAUUUAGCUCAACACUUUUAUUCGGUAGAUACUCUGCACAUAAAAUGUUUGCUUAAUGCUUAAAAAAUUAACAGGAGGUUCAUUAAGUAUCGUAUUUUUUGGUUAAAAAAAAUUGAGCUUUAUGUAGUAUUAUUUUUUUUUUUUACAAAGGAAUUAUAAUUAUCAAAUUUUGACGAAAAUCGUUUGAUUAAAAAAUUAUACGGAACAAAUCUAGUUUCUCUGGUCCGUGUGAAUUUUUCAAUUUUUUUAAAACCCGGGUGGAGGUUGGUUACGGGUAUAAACUAAACAACUUUAUGUAUCCUACCUUUCCCACUACCCACCUACAGCAGUGGCACUUUUAUGGAUUAAGAAUCCUAUACUCCGCGGUAACGGCUAUGAGCUUUCCGAAAUUUCUUCCAGUUUCUCGGAUGUAUUCGAUACAUCACAGCGUGGACCCAGCUUCCACUAAUCAAAUUGUCAGUCUGCCAAAACUCCAAUAAAAGAUAGUGUUAUCUAGAUAGACUUUUUUAAAUAAGUAAUAUUAGUAUUCAGAAAUAAUACAGUUACUCAAUUUGUUCUGCGAUUACUGGUAUGGAUGCUAUAAGCCUUUUAUCUCUGAAUGGCAGAAAAAAGAGGAAGAUAUUGUUGUAUUUCGAUACACGGAAAUAGCGUUAUCGAAAUUUUCGAGAAUUUUCGAUACGAUGCGAUACGAUAAAAUCAAUAUGUUUACUAAAUUUUAUUUUUGUGAUUAUUUGAUGAUUUUAAUGUAUUAUCUCUAAAAUAAUGAAAACAUACAAUGUAUACACACUAAAAGUAUCUACCGUAGUAUGUAAGAAGUGUUGUAAUAUGUGAAAUAAUCCAUUAUCUGACCCAAACUUAAAAAUGUAAAAAGGCCCGUGCAGGAGAUUUCACCAUAUAUUUUAAGCAUGUAAAAAUGAGACUAUGCAGGAGUUUACAUUAUGUUUUUUUUAAUUUAGGUAAAUAAGGUAAUUUUAAUAGGAGUUUACAUGUAGCCCCUACAACAGUGGCCGCACCCUUUUUUCUUUUAUCUCACCCUCCUAAAUCUUUAAAUAGUAUAAAACAGUCGAAAUCAGCAUAUGUCUGCCUGUGCGCAUGGUUCUUCUAAUAUCUACGCUGUAACGAAUUUCGAUACGGGUUCCACUAUAUAAUUUUGAGAAUUUUUUCUGGAAGUUUUAAAGGGUCUAGGUCUUUGGGAAAAUAAAACUAAACAAUUAUUAACGUACGAGCUUUACGUAUUAGGAGUACGUAUUAGCGAUACGUAAUCCCAAAAAGUGAUUUCUUUUACGCGAUCUUCAAAAUAUCAAAAAAAAUUAAAAAAAUUAAUUAAUAAAAAUAAAAAUAUGUAUACAUACGUACAAAAAUAUUUAAGUUAUAUCUUUUAAAGUACGUGCAAAAUAAUUGUGUACAUACUAUAUAAUAUGUAUUGAAGUAUGUGACCCAAAAUUAUUAAUAAUUUUAGAAUUAUUGUGUACACACAUUAAUAUUUACAUUAUCUGACAGAUAUCGAACAUUUUAUUUGACCAAGGUAUUAUUAGGUAAAAAUAAUUUUAACCUAUUAUAACGGUAUAUCGAUUAUUAAUACGGUAUUCUAUUUCGAUAUGUUCUAUACAACUAUUACUAACAUUAUUGCGGUAUUUUAUAAUAUACAUAACGUUUGUAAUGACAAUAAUAUUAUGCAAUAUGUUCACUUUUAUUGUAAAUGACUCGUAUGUAUUUACUUGAAAAAAAAAAAAUUUAAUUUAGGUACACGAGAAUAAAAAACACCAGUAAUCUGUGCAUUUCAAUACGGUAACAAAUGACAUUAUAACUCGGCGAACGGGAGCCGGGAGGGCUACAAAGAUCAGGAACGUAAUAUUCCGGAAAGUGUAAAAUCUCGGACUGAGAAAUCCGGAACGUAAGCGAUUUUAAGAGCCCAUACUGCCAACGGGAGUGCCAUUUUAUAGAUAUGGUAAGUUAGGAGGUAGGUAUCUGAUUUAAUUCAUACUUGCACUCGUUGAUAAAUCUUUGUUAAUGAAAAAUUAUUCUGAGCGAAGUUCGGUAAAACUUGUUUUGAAAUAGCUUGUGUACGAUUUUCAGCAAAAUUACCCCUAAAUUACGCCCCUGAAUGAAUAGUUCACCAGACACUUCUUGACCAUGGUUAGCCCUUCUCCUUACCUUAUUUCACAGUAUAAUAUCCCUUCCCACUGUAGUUUUUAAAAAGAACUCCUCUGUAAUGAUAAGUAUUUGAACAAAAAAUGUCUUCAAAACGGGUAUCUCGCUAGAUUUUCGCUCACAUAAAAACAGAUUGUGUAAGCGGGGGGUAUGAGAAUUGAAACCUUUUAAAGCACAUCAUCUUUGAUAAUAAUGCUAUUUAUCUAAUUAUAUAUAUAAUAAUAAUAAUAUAUAUGUAUAUACAUUUCAACCCUGUUCCUUACUUUAAUGAGUCUAUAGGGGUAUGUAAAACCCGGAAUUUCCUGUAAAAACAUGAAAUACGAGCAUAUAAAUCGUGUAGGGGAGGUGAUAUGAAAUUUGAAACCCCCAAAAGGCACAUUCUUGAUGCUUAUACCGGCUAUAACCGCUAAAAGGGUUCAAGAGUAGUACCGAGUAAAAGAUAUGCACGUGUAUCUAGACCAUAUUACCACCGUGUAUCUAGACCAUUACACAAUACAGUGUAAUGGAUUCUAUUUCCGGGGGAAAUUCAACAGACAUUUUCUGAAAUAUCAUUGGGUAUUAGAGGUAGAGUGCAGGUGCAAUAAUGCAAUUUAUUAUCCUUCCCUACUCCUCCAGUCUACAAUUUAAACGAUUAUAAUUUAUAAAUGGUAAAUCUGAUAUUAGUAUUAUGCAUACCAAAAUGUCUAGAGAAAUAUUCUCUAUUCAAAUCUGUGUUUAAAAAGGGGGGGGAUUCCUAUCUGAAAAACAAAAAGAUAUAAUUAUUAAAAGUAUAUGGGGUAGGGGUAAAAUAUUAAAAGUGGUUUUUAAAAUAAAGCUUAAAGGAUUCCAUAAUGAUUAAAAAAAAAUACAUAAAUCAAAUUCACUUAAAAUAAUCCAAAAAAAUUGCUGGUUCUUGAUAAAAAAAAAAUCACCCCGUAUUAUAUUGAAUACGUGUUUGUUACAAUUAUUUUUGGGCCUCGGAAAACGAUUAUUGAUUUUUUAACUUUAUAAUAUAUUACGGGCAAUGUGGAACACCGGGAAAAGUGUAUUUUACCCGAUCAAUGUGAAUCGUUGCAAAUAAAACAAUUUAUUUUUAGUUGAAAUGUGCGAAUGAAUAAUAUGUUCAUCAGUUUAUUUUUACGGUUUUUUUAAAAAUUGUUAUUACUUGUGAAUUAUUAUAUUACUAGCUGUUCCGCCCGGCGUUGUUCGUGCCAAAAGAAAUAAUAGACAAAUUAUCAUCCGUAUCACCAAGGUAA